UUGAGAAAAACAGAAAAAAAAAAAGCAGAAGUGAUCAAUGGAUGGCCCUCUGUUGACUAAGGGUGAGCACAACGUCGACGACGUUACAACCCAUGGCGAUUCUUCCUCAAAUGAAGAGCACAUCGUCGAUGUUACAACGAACGACGAUUCUUCAUCUGCUGAUGCGCAAACACCUCAUGAGGAUGUUCAAUGGAGUGUUGUAUUUACGUUUAGAAAUGUUUUGAUUUUGGUCGAGUUUGUUGUGGCUUUGGUCCAGAUUGUUGCAGCCAUUGUUGUUCUUACUCUGACAAAAGAUGAACAACCUCCACAAAAAAUGUUUCCUACACUGAUUCUCAGUUAUACCGGUUGCUGUAUUGCCGCACUCCCUAUUCUAGGUUUGCGUUUCUGGCAGUAUUACCGAAAUGUUAGCUCAGAGACAAGAAUCUACGAGGUGGUGGACAAUUUGAAAAAGAUUCUUGAAUAUUUCUUCGUGGGUUGGGUUGUGGUGCUUUUCUGGCAUCUUAUCAACAACUCAGCAUCUCUAGAUAUUGCGACGCAACAGUUAUGGUUAUGUAUGGCUUUCCUUGCUAUCAGCUGCAUUCUACAUGUGUUUCGUAAUCUCCCCUGUGCGGCGAUUUGUUUUCUGUAUCCUAUGAUACUACGUCUUACCCAGUCUAUAGACUUCUUUGAUGGCAUUACUGAAAAAAUAGAGGGCAUUAACUGGACAAUCGCUGUAUACAUUGGAAUCUUUUCCUGCAUUCUCUGGUGCAUUACCAGUUGUUGCAGUAGAUUAUGUAGAUAAAAAGAAGAAAUGGAUCAUGUCGUUUUUCUUCUUUCUUUUGUUAAACAAUGUUGUAAUAUCUAUUUAUCAAAUAAAGCCAAGUGUCAUGACUGAAUCCUCUCCCUGAAAUCGUUGGCCUGAAAGAACCGAUGCUUAUGUCGUCCCAAUAUAUUACCUCUGCAUGGAAGAGCUAAGUAUCCAUUUCUGCAUAUACGAAUCAUCAAAUUAAAAGAGAGAGAGUAGGAAACCAUGAAUUCAUGUAUAGGUAGCAGCAUUGCGUUUGAACCAAGUUAUUGGUUCAGUCUUCAAUUAAAGUGAAGACUGACAUUAUUCUAUUGGUCCAUCCCGGUUAAAGAGGUUGGCCGGCUUGACAUUAUUGGUCCAUCGCGCACUAAUUAUAUAUUUAUCAUUUGAAGGAUGAAAGUUCGAAACAGGUGGACGUGCCGGAGUGGUUAUCGGGCAUGACUAGAAAUCAUGUGGGCUUUGCCCGCGCAGGUUCGAAUCCUGCCGUUCACGGUUUUUAUUUUUAAUUUUCACUUAUCCCAGUUUU